AUGAGAGCUCUUUUGACAAUAUGUUUAGUGGCUGCUGUAUUUGCUGCAGAUGCAAACAAAUUCGCUGUUUUACUAUAAACAGGAACAAGAGGAAAUGAUGCAGUCGAAUCAGUAUACAAUCUUUUGAGAGAUCUCAAAACAGAAAACGUUAAUGUUUAAGCUGCUGCAGACAAGAAGAACAACACAGAUGAAGAAAUCUUCACUUAAGUGAUUGGUGAUUUGACAAAUGUUGCCUCACUCAAUAAACAAUAAUGGGAAUCACUUGGAGCAGUUAGAGGUGAUGUUGAAGCUUAAAUUAGAGAUGGAUAUUAAUGGUUAUCAUGGGCUGAAUCAAGACUUGCUGAGAUUGAAAGAAGAAAUGCUUAACUUUAAGAUUAAAGAUGUUGGGCCAAUGGACUUUUUGUCAAGUCUCUUGCUGAUCAUGCUGAUGCUAUUGGUGUUGUCUAACUUUUAGAAUAAGAUGUUGCUGGUUUUCUCACAAACAACGCUGGAGUUGAACUUGUUGAAAAGGCUGAAACCAUUGCUGACAAAUUAUCUGCAUAUAGUCACCUUUUCUAAUAAGAUGCCCUUUAAAAAUUCCAAUCCCUUGCUGAAGUGAAAAGAGAUGGAACAACUGGAGAAUAAGUCCUUUAAAUCUUAUAAGACUUAUAAGCCGAAUUAGAAUCUACUCUUGCAACACUCUAAGAGUAAGAAAUCCAUGCUGCCUUUGCUCUUGCCAAAUACGUUUCAGAUACAAAUGCUGAAGUUGCCUGGUUGAACUCAGAACAUGAAAGAAGAACAGGCCUUGUUGAAAAAUUAGAAACUUAACUCCCAGCUGUUCUUGCCUAAUAAGCCAAAGCUCUUAAAUUAUGGAAAGAUUCUUUAAAUGCAGUUGCCGGUGCCACUGCCGAUUUGGAAGAAAAGAGAGAAUUCUAUGCCUCUGAAACUGCUAGAAGAUAAGAGGAAAACGCUAUCAUCGAUGUUGUUAUACAACUCUUUAAAGAUCAAGUUAGAUCAUUGGCUUCAUAAACUUCUCUCAAGAGAAAGUGAUCUGUUCACAUUAAUAUAAUAAUAUAAACAAAUUCAUUUUUCAA